AUGAAGAGAUCACACCCGAGCGAGCGGGGCAGAGGCGCAACUGAGGAAAGCGGCAGCACGGAUGAGGACCUGAAGCGGCAGCGGCUGGAUGACGAAGACGUGUCCGGGUCUUCCGGAGUAGAAGUUGGUUCCCGGGCGAGUGAAAUAGUUCGGGAUACUGAAACGGUUCGGAGUUCUGAAGCUGACAAGGGUUCUAAAGUGGUUGCCAGUUCAGCUGUGCGGGGUAUGAAGGCACGUCGCGAUUGUCCGUAUUUGUCUUCGGUGAACCGGUUUUGUCUGGACUUCGAUUUCCAGGGGAUUUGCAGAGUCAGUGGCAGCAAGGAGCACGUGUACUGUUGUCUGGUGUGCGGUGAGUUUCUGCAGGGUCGAGGUUGGAACACCCCGGCAAUGACACACGCGCUGUCGCAGGAACACUGUCUAUACAUGUCGCUGGCGGACGGUCGAGUCUUUUGCAUCCCCGACAAUUAUGAGGUGCUGGACGCUUCGCUGGAAGACAUCAAGUUCAACUUGGCCCCGACCUACAGCGCCGCGGACGUCGCCGGAUUUCGAAUCCGGGAGUUGUACGGCAGGGCCCUGAACGGCGCGGACUAUAUCGUGGGCCUCAUGGGUCUCAACUCCAUCAACCAAAGCACCGACUACGCCAAUGUCGUUAUCCAACUGCUCUGCAAAGCCAUUCCAUUCAGGGAACAACUCCUGCUCUGCGACGGAGCCGCGAAAGAUGCUGGAGCUGCGAAAGAUGCUGGAGCUGGUAAUGACGCUGGAGCUGGUAAUGACGCUGGAGCUGAGAAUGCCGUAUUCACAAAGGAUCCUUUGGUGGACAACUUGCAGAAAUUAGUCAAAAAAAUGUUCAACCCCAGGUCCUUCAAGGGAAUUGCGUCACCGCACGAGUUCCUUCAAGCUUGUCAUUUAGCGAGCAAAAAACAGUUUACUUUACUCAAGCGAAGCGACGCUCACCAAUUCCUCGUAUGGCUGAUCAACUAUAUUGACAAGAAGACAAGGAAAAACGGCGGUUGUAACUGGUGUCAGGGCAAAGCACGGAUAGAAAGCAUCGGGGACAGUUCAAUAACCAUAAAAUCGUUCUUUUGCUUGUCUCUUAAUGUCCCGGAAUCUCCGUUGUUCACCUCGCCGGCUGAUACCAUACCGGAAGCGCAUCUAUUCGAGCUGCUUGACGAGUAUGGCGGCAAUCUCACAGGCGGCACGACGCGAAAAUCGAUUGAAGAACUACCUGAAUACCUCAUUCUACACAUCAAACGGUUCAGCCGAAACAACUUCUUUACGGAAAAGAACCCGACACUCAUUAGAUUCCCUACAAAGGAUUUGGAUUUAUCAGAGUACGUGGAGCCGGAUGCUUUGCUGAAAAAUCCAAACACGAGAUAUGAUCUUGUAUGCAAUAUAGUGCAUAUGGGGAGCGCGGAAGGGGGCUACUAUGUCAUCUAUGUUUACAAUGCUCCGAGCGAUCAAUGGUACGAAGUAGAGAAUUUGAGGAUUGUUCCGACUGAGCCGCAUCGGGUGGCUGGCGCGCCAGCUUAUAUACAAAUGUGGAAGCGACAGACGUCUAGUUUAUUGCCGCAACGGUAA